UCUCAACUCAUCAUCAAAGUGGCGUUCAUCUCAGUUAUGUAAGACACCAAUAAAACACGAGCUGCUUCAGCUUGAAGGAACAGAGCGUACGACUGCUGCAGUUUAUAUUGUGCAUCUGAAACCAAAACCACAUCAAAGCUGACAUCAUUUCUGGAGCUCUUGAAGGUACGUUCCUGCACAAGAGACGAAAUAAUACUUUUGCAAUUUCCCCUUUUUGGAGAAACCAGAGAAAUUGACACGCGUCUUAAUCUUUUAUGGAAGCCAUUUGCAGCGACAACAACAGACGAGAGUCACUUCGUGCCAUCUUCCUUUUUGAGAGAGGAGAGCGCAAUGCAGUAAAGUUUGCCUCAAUAUAGCUCUUAAAAUAACUUUUUGAUUUGUCUGUUUGCAAAGAUGGAAGGUUUUUCUGACCUCCUUGCUGAUGCGUUUUCAGAGGCAUCUGUUCCGUCGUUCCCUGAUGGAGAUCUAGACUUUGAAAAUCUGAACUUUGAUGAAAGGUCUGAGGAAGAUCAGACAGAGGAGUUAACAGCAAAGCAAGAGGAGGCUGUGUUCCAGGAAGCAACUGGUGUUUUGUUUGGGGAGGAAGCUGAAGACAUGGCUGAAAAUGUUUAUGCAGAGCAGACGGUUGAGGCAGGCGAUGAUUUUAAAAGCGCAGGGGUCGGUGUUGGGAGCGAAUCCCCGGAGGAGGGCUACACGAGUUCAGAUGGAGACCCUGACGAGGAAGAUUCUGUCUCCUCUGAAGAGGAUGAGGAUGAGGAUGAGGAUGUGGGAAGAGCAGAGAAACCAGGGGAUUUGCUUAUGUCAGUCCGCUGCAGUGACGACGAUAAUAAAGAGGACAGGAUCUUUGCUGAGGAACGACCUCUAACCCCGCAGGGCGCUGAAAUCCCUCAAGCUGGAAACAAGGAGCAAGGUGAAGCUGAGAGCGAUGAGGAGGUGUCCUAUUUUGAGAGGGUCCCUGAACGUGGGACGAAUGGGACGACGGUUAAAGGCGCCGGGACUGAAGAGGAUGAGCAGGAAAGCGAAGAAGAGGGGCAAGAUGACUCAUCUGAUCCCGAGUGCGAGGAGGGCAUGAAAAUCGACGAAGAAGAAACCGUGGCUCCUUCUCAGGGCUUUGAGAAGGAGGUUGAAAGUCCGUGCAAGGAUGAUCCCCCAGAACCCAGUUUGGAGUUUCCCUGCUUAUCCUUGCAGAAUCUGGAGGAUCUCAUUGCGGAAGUUGACGGUGAGGAAUGUGUGGAGAAAAUGAAGGAGUUCUCAGGAGAGGAGCACCAGGAGGCAGGUGAGACUUUUGCAGAUUACCCGUCAGACUUUUCGUCCUGUGAAUAUGUAGAAGACAGAAGGAAAAAUCAUGAAAGCGAGCCGUAUGCCUUGCCUUGUUCACCUGGAUGUGGCCCAUUUAGACGGCAGAACGAGGGUGGGGAAAAAGUUGAGGACACAGACGACACAGAAGAUGGGUUUUUGUACAGCCUAGAUUUAGAGAAGGAUGUUCAUAAGAUGGACACUGACGUGGCAGGUAGAGAAGAGCACAGGGUAACACUGACUAGAGAGGAGACGGUCGAGAGCGACUCUUACAGCUCCAGUGACGACGAGGUCUGUGAUAGGAGGACCCGCGAGGAAGAUAAUGAUCUUGAAAACAACAAUCAACUGGAUGGCGCUCAGCGUUACGAGGGAAGCUACGCGGCGUUCUCCAGGUGGAGCAACUCUGACGACCGCCGCGUCACAGACAACGGAGCGGGUCUCGCAGAUUACAUGAGCUGGGAUUUCAACGUGUUAAAAACUGAUACCUUCCUGUCCGAGUACCUGGAAACCACAGAAGACACAAGUAAGACAGAGGCAGCUCCUUUAGAGCGUCCGGCAGAAGACGUCAACAGCUACUCUGUGGUGCAGAGAGAAGACACCAAAACCACAAGCCCCUCCGACAGAGGAUCUCUCGACGACAGCUUCUUCUUCAACACUGAAAUCGAGGCCUCAGGCAUCACUGAGCUCGGGCAGCUGGGGGACGACGAGUACGAAGACGAGAGGAACUGGGACCAGGAGAAGGAGAGGAUCGAGGCUUUCUACAAGUUCUAUAAUGACAGUGAUGAGGAAAAUGGAAGAGAAGAGAGGCACCCUAAAGUACAGUUUUGUACAGAUCCACUGUCUCAAGUCAUUCACUAUGAAACGGAGAGCAGUGACACGGAUUCACUCACUAGCUCCACUGACAGGGAGGAAGACUUGAGCUCUGCUGAAGCAUCUGAUGAACCGAGAGUGCUCAAUGACAUCGUGCAGACGAAACCAGCCUGUGAUCCCCCAAAGGCCGCGGAGCCGCCAGCGAGUCCUCCGGACCUCACACAAACACAAACCUCCCAAACAUGUACAAGAAAAAACAAGUGUCUAAACGCGCUGAAGCUGAUCCUGAAGACGGGCGUGGUGACGGUGAUGGGACUGCUGGUGUACUGGCUGGCCACAGACCAAGCCGACUGGCUCAGCCAAGUUUUCUACUUUUAGGGCCGUAGCUCUGGUGAAAGAUAAACAGCUAAGAUUAUACUGGUUUGUAAAGAACAUGGUGUAAAGAUCUCUACAUUCAUACUUGUACACAAACAUUUGUUGUUACCUUUAAAAUGUGCUUAAUAAAUACCUAUCUUUGUUUAAAAUGA